AUGAUAACAGCGCUGGGCAAGUCCCUUUUCUACGAAUCGGGGCUACGAUCGGUCUUCACGACGGGCCGCGAUGCGUGGCUCAUAAUCUUCUCGCGCAGCUGCCGCAUGAUUGCGUACGGGGCCAGCUCGCUCAUGCUGGCUCUCUUCUUCGCCGAGCUCGACGUCUCGGACUCGCGCAUCGGCCUCUUCAUGUCGCUGACGCUGCUCGGCGACGUCGUGCUGGGACUCGUGCUAACCCUUAUCGCAGACGGCGUGGGCCGCCGCCGCACCCUCAUUGCCGGGUCGGCGCUCAUGAUAUUCUCGGGCGCCACCUUUGCCCUGUGCGAAAACUACUGGGUUCUCCUGAUUGCAGCCGUCGUGGGCGUCAUCAGCGCCACGGGUGGCGACUUUGGGCCCUUCCGCGCCAUCGAGCAGUCCACAAUCUCGGAGCUCACCAGCCCGGCUACCCGCGCCGACGUCCUGGUGUGGUAUGUGACAGCCUCGAGCCUGGGGUCGUCCCUCGGCACCGAGCUGGCCGGCAGGAUCAUCGAGGAGCUGCACGCGAGAGAAGGCUGGACACUCCUCGACGCAUACCACGCCUGCUUCUGGCUAUACGUGGUCAUGGGGCUGGUCAACAUGCUGAGUUGCAGCUUGCUGUCGGACAGUUGCGAGCUCAAGAAACCGGCCCGAGAAACGGCCCAAGAGACCGAGCCGCUGCUUGCCUCGGCCGAGGGCCCCACAGCCGAAGAGCCCAAGCCGCCAGCGACCAGCCGGAUAACUCAGAUCUCGAGCGAGACGCGGUCUCUCAUGGCCCUUCUCUGGGUCUUUUUCAUGAUCGAUUCGCUGGCGGAUGGCAUGGUCAGCAUGUCGUGGACGACGUACUACAUGGACCAAAAGUUCCACCUCCCCCAGUCCGCGCUCGGCGACAUUCUGUCGGCCAGCUACUUCCUCGCGACGUGCUCGACCAUCUUUGCCGGGCCGCUCGCCCGCCACAUUGGCCUUGUGAACACGAUGGUGUUUACGCACAUCCCGUCGUCGGCGGCGGUGCUGUUCUUCCCGCUGCCCCAGAGCGUCCCGGUCACGGUGGCGCUGCUGCUGCUGCGCGUGGGGCUCAACAACAUGGACCAGGCGCCGCGGACGGCGCUGAUCGCGGCUGUGGUCCGCCCCGAGGAGCGCACCGCCGUCAUGGGCAUCACGGGCAUGCUGCGGACGCUGGCGUCGACCACGGGCCCCAGCAUCACGGGCGUGCUGGCGGGCAACGGGAGGUUCUGGAUCGCCUUUGUGGCGGCCGGCGCCCUAAGGCUGGCCUACGACCUCGGGCUGUUCGCCAUGUUUAUCAACAUCAAGCUUCACAGGCACGAGCAGGAGCACGAGCCGCUUCCGGCGUCAAGAGCACAGGGACAGGGUUAG